AUGCCGAGCAACCCUCACGACGAGAAACCGCUCAGGCUGUCGACGGAGGAGCCCCUCCAGCUGGGCCCCCCGCCCCGGUCCUGCUACCCGCUCGUGGUGAUACUGGCUAGAGAUCUCCGGGACACAGGCGAACUCAGGCCGGAUGACACGGUGGCGUUAAUAAGUGUAGUUCAUAUUCGGGAUGAGCAAUGCCCGCUGCCGAGCGGCGUCAUCGCGCAGUACCUCAAGCAGGCCAACGGGCAUCUCUCCUGUUUGAAGCAGCUGUACGUGAGCGGCGAGUGCGGCGCGGCGGCGGAGUACGGCGGGGGCGGCGUGGGGGGCGUGGGCGGGGUGGGCGGCGCGCCGGGCGACGCGCUGUGCUGCGUGUGCGCCGCCGCGCCGCUGUCGCGCGCGCUGCUGCCCUGCCGACACGCCUGUCUGUGCCAGCACUGUCUGCCUAAACUGGACAAGUGCCCGAUCUGCCGCAGCGUGAUCACGAGCUACUUCUGCAUCCGCAACGACGACGAGCGCGACCUCUCCGAGCUGAAGCAGCAGCGCUUCUUCAACCGGAGACUCUUCAACCUCUUCCACUACCAUUAGCGAGGGCAGACACCUGUAUGUAUACUAUAUCCUUCUAAGUAGAGGCGUGUAAAGUAACACUAAUAAGUCUGGAAUAUCAGUCAGCGACC